AGUCUCCGGAUCCGCCCGCGGCUUUCCUCGGUCAGACCUCGUUAGCUCCGCCCGCCGCGUGCUCCCUCCUCCCACUCGGAAUGCCUGUCUGGGGCGGUGGAAAUAAGUGCGGGGCCUGCGGGAGAACCGUGUACCACGCGGAAGAGGUGCAGUGCGAUGGGCGGAGCUUCCAUCGCUGCUGCUUCCUGUGCAUGGUUUGCAGGAAAAAUUUAGACAGCACAACAGUGGCGAUUCAUGAUGAAGAGAUCUACUGCAAAUCCUGCUACGGAAAGAAGUAUGGACCAAAAGGCUAUGGUUAUGGCCAGGGCGCUGGCACGCUCAACAUGGACCGCGGUGAGAGACUGGGCAUCAAGCCAGAGAGUGCUCAACCUCACAGGCCUACGACAAAUCCAAACACUUCUAAAUUUGCCCAGAAAUAUGGAGGAGCUGAGAAGUGUUCCAGGUGUGGGGAUUCCGUGUAUGCUGCGGAGAAGAUCAUUGGAGCUGGGAAGCCCUGGCACAAAAACUGUUUCCGGUGUGCCAAGUGUGGGAAGAGUCUGGAGUCUACAACUCUGACUGAGAAAGAAGGCGAAAUCUACUGUAAAGGGUGCUACGCAAAGAACUUUGGGCCCAAGGGAUUUGGCUAUGGUCAAGGGGCAGGGGCCCUUGUUCAUGCUCAGUAAUGGUGUGAACCCAGUAAGCACGACAGAGAAUCUCCAUUACCAAACUGCAGAUGGCGUUUAUGGCGCUCACUACUGUGAAACAGCCAGCACUUGGCACUGGGCAUCACCGAGCUGCCUGUGGGGGCUGGACCGACAGCGCUGCACUCUCCCGCCCACUCACUAGCGUCUAAGAGCAUUCUUUUACAUUUGAAAUAAAAUUUUGGCUUGAUUUGGGUACCACCUCUUAA